AUGGAUCAAGUGAUCCAAGAGGUUCACGAAAUUCACGCGCAAACUGUGCUAACCAAGCGCAAGACAUAUGUCCACUCGAAGAUGGGCUCAACCGAGUACGAGGAACUUCUGGACGCCUUCAAGAUAAAGGAGGUGCCUCUGCGUAAAAAAAAUGCAAGGUGGCGCGAAGAAGUCGAGGGGUUCACGUGGGACAUGAAUCACAUCGAGGAUAAGCAGAAAAAUGAAUAUCGCAAGUAUGUUGAGGACAAUAUUGGCGAGGAUCUCCGGGCGAUGAAGCUUUGCGUGUUCGCUGUGGAAAAUACGACAGAUAUUCUCCGAGUUGCUGUCGAGGGUUCCAACAUUGAGCUCCGGGGUCGCACUGAUCUGCUUAUACUUAGUGAUAUCGUCAUGGAGAGUGCGGAUUAUGUCCACGACUUGCCUGAAGUGAGGAUGCUGAUUGAAGUGAAGAAAACGGUUGAAAGACGUUCUGUCUUCCAGGCGAUGUCAGAGCUUAUUGCUCUGGAACUGAUGACUACCGACCAAGUGUUCGCCCUGCUUACUGACUUUAACGACGAUUGGCGGUUCUUCUGGGUUGCCGGAAAGGAAAACAAUAUCACUGUCGUGAACAGAGUGACCAUUACGAAUCCAGGUGAAGCAUUCGAAUUGAUAAGGCAGCUGCUGAGUCCUAAUGCUACUACAGAUAUUACGACCUCAGUGCUCCAAGACCCUGUGAAGCGUCAGAAGCUAUCCCGGGUGCUGCCGUCAAUCAGCGAGGCUGGUGGAAGUGGCGGGAUUUGUGAGAGUAUCGAACGAUACUAUGACAUCGCCAGCUGCUUGGGCCCCGACUUUGACAUGGCGCGAGCUGUGGCUAGACAGGUCACUCGAUCUAUUCCCACGUUGAGUUAUUUCAGUUAA